AUGGAAUAUACUGGUGGUAGUUUGGAAGCAGAUCACCUCUGCGUGGUUGUUCAUGGGCUCUGGGGUAACCCGAACCAUAUGAGAUCGGUUGCGAAAGCGCUGAGAGACGCCUAUCCCGAAGAAAAACUCUACAUCCUAGUCGCUGAACGAAAUGCUGGCAGCUUUACCUACGACGGCAUCGAACUUGGAGGCGAGCGCGUAUGCCUCGAGAUUGAAGAAGAGCUGGAAAAGAUUAAAAGUAAGGGCGGCAAGAUAACAAAGCUUAGUAUUGUUGGAUACUCUUUAGGAGGCCUCGUUGCUCGCUAUGCCGUUGGACUACUCGAGAUGAGAGACGUGUUUCGACAGAUUGAGCCGGUGAACUUCGUAACAUUCGCUUCGCCGCAUCUCGGUGUCCGAUCUCCUCUAAAGGGAUGGCUUAACACCGUUUGGAACGUCCUGGGCGCACGUAUAUUAUGUAUGUCUGGAAGACAAUUGUUCAUAAUUGACGACUUCCGUGACACCGGCCGACCAUUGCUCGAGGUACUUGCCGAUCCCGAAUCGAUCUUCAUAUCAGGAUUAAAGAGAUUUAAGCGACGAACGCUUUAUGCGAAUGUGGUUAAUGACAGGAGUGCGGUGUAUUACACUACAUGCAUAGCUAAGACGGACCCAUAUACAGAUCUGAGUAAAGUCAAGGCCAAUUUUGUUAAGGGCUACGAAGACAUUAUACUAGACCCUCUAAAUCCAGUAACGCCUCUGGUUUCCAAGAGCGCCGGUAAAACGAUGGCCGACAUCACCGCGGGUAGCCCAGGGAAUCUACGGAGGAUGUUGUUUAUGUCUGCGCUAGUUGUCUUUCUUCCAGUCGGCAUUGUCGCGUUAAUAGUCAACUCGAUCGUACAAACGUUCCGUAGCUCGAAGCGCAUUCGAUUACACGAAUCGGGGCUCGCAGGUAUUCAAAUCAAGGACUACCGAAGUCCAAUUUGGAUUAAGGACCUCCGUGGAACCGUGGAAGAUGUCUAUGAAAGCCUUAAUAACUUGCAAGGGGAGUCGUACCUACGGGCAUCGGACGACGAGCGCGACGAUGGUCAACUGAAUAAGGCCGAGACAGAGAUCAUAGCCCUGGAACGGAAAAAAUCACACCCGCAGUUCCCAACUUUAGCUCUAGCACCUUCUCAGUUUUUGAUGAUCGAUGAGCUAGACAAGGUUGGCUGGCGCAAAUAUCCUGUCUGGAUUCACCAAGACCGGCAUAGUCAUGCUGCUAUUAUCGUACGGUCCGACACACCUCGAUUUAAGGAAGGUCUUGUCGUACUUCAACACUGGCUUAGUGGGGAGUUCCUGAUCUAA